CUUGCGGGCGGACCCACCGGAGCCGCCGGACGCCGCGGGCGCGGGGCGCGGGGCGAUGGAGCCGGGCGCGGCCGCCUUCCUCGGGAUGCUCGUGGUCUGGGCGGCGCGGCCCGGGAGCCCGGCGGCGGCGGGGGAAGCUCAUGGCUGUGAUGUCCCGCUGGCGUCCACGUUGCCUCGAGAGUCCUUCAGCUGCUCCUCACAGCUGUCCAGCAGCCACGGCCCGGGGUUCGCAAGUCUUAAUCGCAGAGACGGGGCUGGUGGCUGGUCUCCACUUGUGUCAGAUAAAUACCAGUGGCUGCAGGUCGACCUUGGAGAGAGAGUGGAGGUCACAGCUGUGGCCACGCAGGGAGGGUACGGGAGCUCCGACUGGGUGACCAGCUACGUCCUCAUGUUCAGUGACGGCGGGAGGAACUGGAAGCAGUACCGGCGAGAGGAAAGCGUCUCGGGUUUUCCAGGGAACACAAACGCCGACAGUGUGGUGCAUUACCGACUGCAGCCUCCCCUUGAAGCCAGGUUCCUGCGCUUCCUCCCCUUAGCCUGGAGCCCCAAGGGCAGGAUCGGGAUGAGGCUAGAAGUGUACGGAUGCACGUUCCGAUCCAAGAUGGUUAACUUUGAUGGGAAAAGCUCCUUGUUAUAUACGCUUAAUCAGAAAUCCAUGAGUCCAGCAAAAGAUGUUAUUUCUUUGAAAUUUAAAACCAGGCAGACUGACGGAAUUCUACUCCACAGAGAAGGACAAAAUGGCAAACACGUCACCCUGCAGUUAGUUAGAGGAAAGCUCAUCUUAUCGCUUAAUUCAGGCUGUGCUAACCUGCCCUCCCCUGACGCCCAUGUGACCCUCACCCUGGGCAGCCUGCUGGAUGACGAGCACUGGCAUUCUGUCCUCAUCGAGCUUGGGAACACACAUGUCCACUUCACUGUGGACAGGCACAGUCAGCAUUUCCAGGCCGAGGGCGAGUGCGACUACUUGGAUCUUGAUUAUAAGAUCAGCUUUGGAGGGAUUCCUGGACACGUAAAAUCAGUGGCAUUCCCACAAAAAGACUUUCAUGGCUGUUUUGAAAAUCUCUACUAUAAUGGAGUGGAUCUCAUUGAUUUGUCCAAGAAACACACACCACAGAUCCUCGUCAUGGGAAAUGUGUCCUUCUCGUGCUCACACCCACAAAUUGUGCCCGUGACUUUUCUGAGCUCCAGGAGUUACUUGGCUCUGCCGGGCACCGUCGGAGAGGACAAGGUGUCGGUCACUUUCCAAUUCCGAACUUGGAACAGGGCAGGGCUGCUGCUGACCACUCAGUUCCAACAUGGGCCAGUGGCUCUCGUGCUCGUUCUUAAUGAUGGAAAACUCAGGCUGAGUCUCUCCCAGCCCGGACACACGGCGAGGGAUGUCACAGCAGGUGCUGGAUUAAGUGAUGGGCAGUGGCAUUCAGUGUCCCUCUCGUUGAAAGGAAAUUACCUGAGUGUGAUGGUGGAUGGUGAGGCAGCCUCUGUGGCUCACUCCCUGCGUGGGCAGAUUGAUUCAGGGGACACCUAUUAUUUGGGCGGCUGUCCUGACAGCAGCUCUGGCCCUGGAUGCGGAGGUCCCCUGGCCGGGUUUCAGGGCUGCCUGAGGCUCAUCUCCAUUGGCGACAAGGCGGUGGACCCCAUCACAGUACAGCAGGGGUCGCUGGGGACUUUCCGUGACCUCCAGAUAGACACCUGUGGCCUCACUGACAGAUGUUUGCCCAGCUACUGUGAGCACGGGGGCAAAUGCUCCCAGUCCUGGGACACCUUCAGCUGUGACUGUGCAUACACUGGAUACACAGGUGCAACCUGCCAUUCCUCUCUGUUCGAGCAGUCCUGUGACGCCCACAGGCACAGAGGGGACUCCUCAGGGUUCUACUAUAUCGAUUCAGAUGGAAGUGGCCCGCUGGGACCUGCUCUUGUGUACUGCAACGUGACAGAGGACACCACCUGGACCUCGGUACAGCACAAUGGCUCCCAGCUGGCCAAGGUCAAAAGCUUGAAUGGAGACAGCCCCCAGCCCCUGUUUUUCAAGUACACAGCCAGCCCGGACCAGCUGCAAGCCAUCAUGGACGGUGCGGACGACUGCCAACAGGAGCUGGUCCUGCACUGCAAGAAGUCGAGGCUUUCCACUAGUCGUGAUGGAACCCCAGUGAGCUGGUGGAUUGGAAGAACCAAUGAGACACACAGUUACUGGGGAGGUUCUCUGCCUGGUGUUCAAAAGUGUGCUUGUGGAUUACAGGGGAACUGCCUUGAUUCUCAAUAUCACUGCAACUGUGCUGCCGCCCGGAAUGAAUGGACCAGUGACACAGUAGUCCUUUCCCACAAGGAGCACCUGCCAGUCACUCAGGUUGUGAUGAGAGACACAGGUCGACCACAUUCAGAAGCGGCUUAUGUGCUGGGGCCUCUGCUUUGCUCGGGGGACAAUUCAUUUUGGAAUUCCGCUUCCUUCAACACUGAGACCUCAUACCUUCACUUCCCUACGUUCCGUGGAGAGCUCAGUGCUGAUGUGUCUUUCUUUUUUAAGACGACAGCACCUUCUGGGGUGUUUAUAGAGAACCUGGGGAUCACAGACUUCAUCAGGCUAGAGCUGCACGCUCCUACAGAAGUGACCUUUUCCUUCGAUGUGGGGAACGGGCGAUGUGAGGUCACCGUGCGGUCUCCCACUCCCUUUAACGACAACCGGUGGCACCACGUGAGGGCUGAGAGGAACGUGAAGGAGGCGACCCUUCAAGUGGACCAGCUCCCCAGCAAGACCCAAGCUGCGCCCGCGGACGGCCAUGCCCGCCUGCAGCUCAACAGCCAGCUCUUUGUGGGCGGGACGGCCACCAGACAGAGAGGCUUCCUGGGGUGCAUUCGGUCGCUGCGGUUGAACGGGUUGGCCCUGGACCUGGAAGAAAGGGCCACAAUGACACCAGGCGUGGACCCAGGCUGCCCAGGACACUGCAGUAGCUAUGGACACCUGUGCCGCAAUGGAGGGAGAUGUAGGGAGAGACCCAGGGGCAUCAUCUGCGACUGUGCCUUCUCUGCAUAUGACGGGCCAUUCUGCGAGAGCGAAAUUUCUGCGUAUUUUGGAACUGGUUCGUCCGUUAUCUACGACUUUCAGGAACAUUCUAACUACACUUCCAGCAAGAACUCAAGCUCCUUUGCAGCUUUACUUCAUGAGGGUCUGACACUGGCUGGAGAAGUGGCCACACUGAGCUUCCGGACCACAGGGAUGCCCAGCUUACUCCUCUACGUGAGCUCCUUCUACGAGGAGUACCUGUCUGUGAUCCUCGCCCCCAAUGGAAGUUUGCAGAUCAGGUAUAAGCUGGACAGGCACCAAGAACCUGACGUUUUUAACUUUGGUUUUAAAAACUUCGCCGAUGGGCGGCUUCACCAGGUGACGAUUCACAGAGAAGAGGUGGUGGUCUCUGUGGAGGUUGACCAGAGUGCAAGGAGACAAGUCGUCCUGUCAUCAGGGGCAGAAUUCAAUGCUGUCAAAUCCCUUAUGUUGGGGACAAUUUUAGAGCCCCCCGGCGCGGACCCGGACACGCUGCGGGCCGGCGUGCGCGGCUUCACCGGCUGCCUGUCAGCUGUGCGCUUCGGCCCCGCCGCUCCGCUCAAGGCUGCUCUGCGCCCCAGCGGCCCCGUCGUGGUCACCGUGCGUGGACACGUGGCCGCCGCGUCCCGGUGCGCGGAGUCCGCGGGGCCCGGAGCCCCGGCGCGGGAGGCCACCCGCCCGCUCGCAGGUGGCGCAGGUGGUUCUGGACCGGCAGACGGGGGAGAGCCCUUAGUUAGCGCUGACAGAAGUGGCCCUGCUGUCAUCGGAGGUGUGAUAGCGGUGGUGGUAUUUGUCUUGCUCUGUCUCACUGCCAUAGCUGCACGCAUUUAUCAGCAGAGGUGGCUGUACCAAAAAAAUGGGUCAACUGUUCCCCCGGCUGGAGACAGUGCUGAGACGGCUCUGAAGAGUGAGGUCAACGUGCAAAGCUCAGUCAGUGAGAGCCAGAGAGAGUACUUCUUCUGAAGGGCAGCAGUGCCUCACUUCGGGCUCUGGUGAUGGGACUUUCUCACUAAGCGGGGGCUCCCCACGGACGAAGCCCCCCCACAUCCCCCGGACAGGUGGCUGUCCUGCAGCACUGUCAGUUGCUCGCCUGCGGUCCUGGGAAGCUCUGCUCCAUGCUGCUUCAUGACCUGUGUGUGUAGAAGAACUCGGCUGUGCCCAUUAACCCCUGUGCAGCGGUGUCUGACUGUCUGGCCCAAUUGUCGAAAAUUCACACGUGGUUUGCAUAUUGACUUUGGGUUUGAAGUGAGAACAAGGAUGUGAGCUGUGGUCCUACUCUCUUAAAAAUGAGACCCGGAAGUUUAUAAAAGUCAAAGUUGGACCCUAGUGUUGUGUGUCGCAUGCAAAUCUGUGUUUUGCCUACUUUAUCGAUCACCUGCGGAUGCUUCUAAGCCGGGAAGUGCUUCUCUGAUGGUCAUGGAGUGCGUUUCUAUCUCCACGUGAACCAGAGCUCACCGGCCGAAAAUGCACUAGCGAACUAGAAAAAACCAUUUUUUUUUUGGCCGAUUGUUUUUAUGAUCUGUCUCUUUUAAGUCAGUUUGCAUACAUUUUUAGUGAUGAAAUGAAUAUUAAAUGUCAGCUAUGAAAUUUUAGUAUUCUGUUCAUUUAUGGAACAGAAAAAUUCAUAGGUAGCAAAGCGUGUAAAGCAUUCUAGUCUGCGCUACUUUGCUUUUUUUUCCUUUGUAAUUCACCAUAUUAAUCUUUGUAAAUUAUGAUAAAGAUCAGCUGACGAUCUCCCCAACAUGUGUAUUUUCUAACUGAAGUAGUGCUCAGGUAUAAACUCUGUCCUUAACACUGCAAAUGUAUCCUUCCUCCCUUUCAUCAGUAUGAACUUAAUCCUAAAUUUGUUUCUUUCAAAUGUGGGGCGCUAUGGUCAGGAUUCCUUGCAGCCUUGUGGUUCUCUUGUUCUGAAGGUUGUCCCAACAACUGGAUGUCUUGUGACUGUCUUUUCAUUUACUUGGGGAAAGACUCGUUUUGAACAAAAUUCUACAUUUCUUUUUUCUAAAUUCCGAGUGAUCUAGGCAAGCCAUCCCCUGAAACACCACCUCAGUCUAGUCACUGUUUGGAAUGUCGGGGGAAGGGUGCUGAUGCCAGGGGAAAUGCAGGUUGUGGGAUCUGGACCCAAUCUGUCAUGCUGGUCAGGAUCCAGGAUCUCGGAGUCAGAGUCUUCCAUCAGAGAACCCAGAAUCAACCAGUUCAUUUCAUAUUCGGGGAUAUUUGCAUACUCGAGGUGUAAAGGAUUUGUAUUAACCACAGGAAUUGUUCCAGUAAUGACUUCUUUGGUAGGGGUCGGAGGAUAAUUGCACGGAGCCGACCAUUUGCACUCACUAGCCAUUUCUAAGUGAAACGUGCUAUGGUCUUGAUAAUCCACUUGCCAUGUGCCUGCCAGGAAUCACAUUGCUUCUUUUGACCACAACAGGACCACCCAGAACUCCAUACACCGAGCCUUGCUAUGACCUUUGAGUGUAUGCCCAUUUUAUUGUGACUUUUUUAAACAAUAGAAAAAGAUAUCCCCUGUAUAAGUCUUUUCUCAAAACAAAAACAAAAACAAAACCCCUUUUUUCUUAUGGUUUCAUAUUAGUUCUCUAUGACAUUGAACAAGUCAUCACAGUAUAUUAUCUCAUAGUUUCUGUGGAUCAGCAGCUGGGCACAGUUUACUGUGUUUUCUGCAAGGCUGCUUUGAGGCAUCAGCAAGGACUGUGUCCUCAUCCAGAGACUCAGCUGGGGAAGUCCUCGGUCUUACAGCUAUGGGCAGCAUUCUGUUCCUUACUGCUGGGAGAUUCUGGGAAGCCUGCUUCUGCUCGAGACCAGCAAGAUUGAGAGAGAGAGAGAGACAGAGACAGAGACAGAGACAGAGACUCUAGAGCAAGUCUGCUAACAAGACGGAGUUUUAUACACUGUAAUGUGAUGAUGGGAGUGACGGCCCAUCCCCACUGCCAAAUUCAGUUGGUGAGAAGCAAGUCCUAGGUCUUGCCCACACUGAAGAGGAGGGGAUCACAGAAGGACUCCAACCAGCAGAUCAUGGGAGUCACGUGAAGGUUAAUCUACCACAGUACUAUAUUGAAGUUUCUUUAAGUGAAGAAUGAAGGAUUUUCAGGGUCUCAAUAGAGUAAUAUAUGAAGAACCUACUUUGGUGAAUGAUAUAUACUCCCCUCCCCCCAAAAGUCUUAUGCAGAGUGGAGAAGGAUUCAGCACAAAAACGAUAGGUUCUAGUUAAUGCACAACUAACUGUUUACACCCUGAAAUCACUACAACUUUAACAAAUGAUCAUAGUAAGUUCCGGAAAUGUUAAUCACUUUGGUAGCUGGCAUUUUGCAGAUUUAUAGAUAGUGAAAUUCAUUGUAUUCUGCUCUCUUUUUAAAAGAGAAUACAAAAUAUUUGUAUCAAACUGCAGUGACGAAUCACCCACUUUACUGAUUUGUAAAUUUUACCUGCUUAUUUGUUAAUGAAAUAACAUUUUUGAAUUAAAUUAGGAAAAUA